GCACGUGAUCCCAUCGUUCGGGAAAACAACAAUCCCCAGCCAAUGAAAACAGGGGGUUUGGCCACGUGCCAAGGGGCGUGCCAUUUGUUGAUGUUCGAGCUUGGCCUAUUGGAACCGAGGAGGAGGGUGGGUGUGAAGAGAGCGCCAGGCGGAGGUGGGCGUGGUCCCGGUGUGUGCUUUCCACCGUUCGGGUUUUUUUUUCCCUCCGCCUCCCGAAUAUGGCGGCUGCGAGCACCGCACUAGCACUCCGAGCUCCCCGGGACAGCAUGGGAGUCGUGCGGGAACCUGGGCCCUGGCAGAGAGCGGAGGUUUCCCUCUCCUGCUGUGACUCUGGAGCCAGAUUUGAGCGUGACAGGAUUUUGGAGUCUCAAGUUGGGCAUUGCCAGCACCAUAUUCUUCCUACCCAGCAGCCUCAGUAUGGUAGCAGCUACAGCCCACAGGCACCGCCCUCUUCUGUCAUUCCUGUCCCCAAACACAGGCUGGAUGAGGCAAUUGCUGCUGCUGCCUUGACAAGUUUGUCGUCGGGCCCCAUGGUUCUGGGAGUUGGGACUGCAGACUGUAAUGGACAGCAGUACCGGGAUAGCACUGGCGUUUCCUCCAUCCGCAGAAGCAUGAAUAACAGUGAUCUGUACAUUGAAAUGCCUGCUUCAUCUACUCCAUCUCCCCCUCUGCACUCAGCAUACUCCUGCUCCUACCCAGAUGCUGCCAUUGAGGAUUCAGACACCACCCACCUCUUGUUUGGUGAUCCAAUUCCACGAAAGAGAAAGAAUUCCGGCCGGAUCAUGUUCCGCUGCCUGUGGAAGAAUUGUGGGAAGGUUCUUAGCAGUUCAGCUGCAAUCCAGAAACAUAUCCGAACAGCACAUCUUGGGAGGAACGUAGAGCAAGAGCACAAUGACGGGGAAGAGGAUUUCUAUUAUACAGAGAUUGAUGUCAACAUAGAUACCCUGAGUGAUGGACUCUCCAAUCUGACUCCCACCUCACCCACCACAUGCGGACCCCCAUGCUUUCCAUAUGCCAUGUCUCUAGGAGCUGUCAAUGGCACAGAAUUUCCUCUCAUAUCCCCAUUGAGUCUUUCAGCUCCCAGCAAUCUAUUCCAUGUGCACUCAGACCAUGCCUAUCAGGCUCUGUCUCCUGUCACCAUUUCUGACACCCCCAAAGUUGGCUUUUCCUGGCAGUCACCCCCAUUACUCAUCAAAGCUCCAGCAGUCCUUCCAGUGUUGAGUGUAACUGAGAAGGUGCAGCCGCAAGCGAUCACUGCUCCCAGCUCUAAGCCAAGCCCAGUGACCCGGAAGCCGCGUGGGGAAGCCAAGAAGUGCCGCAAGGUGUAUGGGAUGGAGAGAAGGGACAUGUGGUGUACCGCGUGUCGCUGGAAGAAGGCCUGCCAGAGGUUCAUAGACUGAGGGGGUGCUGGGGUACUUUGAGUCAGAUCCCAGACAGUUUUAAUCUCUGAUAAUGAAUUUCCUUUUCCCAGUAUGUUCCAGUGGGGCUGGGGUUUUUUCUCAGGCCAUGUCUUGCAUCAUGGGUCAUUGAAGGGCCAGGCAGGUGGUUUUUAUAGUUGCUAGGGCAAUGGGCACCAGAGCAACAAGGUGGGACAACUGUGCAUCUAUAGCUGCACAGCUCAGCCUUGGAGGGAAUUGGGGCACUGGGCAGUGUGCAAGGUUCAUGCUCAUUAUUGUAUAAUAUUGGGAGGCACAUUCUGGACUCUUGGGGGAGUACAUUAAUACCCCCCAGAUUGUGCUGCCUAGGUGCAUAUGUGUUAAUACCACGGGACUGUCUUAUCCUGCUAAUAUCCCUAGGAGUGCACUGCACACUAUUUCCCAAUGCCUAGAUAUAGCCCAGAGUGGAACAGUGCUGCCCCUACUUUCUUCCUGGACUCAGGCAUGCUUGUUUUUGCCCCAGCUGAGGGGGUAAUAGCAAUCUGUUGCUAUCUUUGCACAGUAAGGAGCAACGUUUAUACGUGUUUUAGUGAGUUUUGUAUUCUGUGACCUUUAAAGCAACAGCAGCACUCUUUCUGGGGGUAAGUGUGAGCUUGCAGUGGCCUAACUUACAUCUGCGUUACUUGUGGGGGUAAUAUAUGCUGCACUGUAUCAGGUGGUCACUGCCAAUAGGGGGUACAUUUGUGUAAGGGGCAGUUGUACUGCAUGCGUGAGUGGCAGAAUCAGGAUUAGUGUGAGUGUGUUUGUGACUGGGGGCAUCACCCUGAGUUGCAUUGAAGAACCUUAGGGGGACUGGGAAGCGUUAGUGCUGUGGGUUAGGGUGCCUGCGGGUCAGGCAAGGUGACUUGUCUCGUGUGUCCCAGUAUGAGGAGGACUCAACCCAAUUCAGCAGUUACUGCCCCUUCCUUAAGCUGCCCGUACAUACAGAGAUCCGCUCGUUUGGCGAGGUCACCAUACAAGUGGACCUCUCUCUUGGGCCCUAGGGCCCAAUGAUCAGAUCACAAAGAUGAGCAUACAAGCAGUUGAAUCAACAAACCAAUGCGUCCUGCCUGAUCGACAUCUGCCCGACUUUUGCCCAGAUAUCGAUCGGGGAAACCUGUCAGAGGGCCCUAUACACUGCCCAAUAAGCUGCCGACUUAACCUGUCGGCAGCUUAUAUCUGCCUGUGUAUGGGGACCCUACUCUGUGCAUUUGUCUAUUUGCAGAAUCUGGGUCAGUUCCCAUUUGGCUUUUGUGCCAUACAACCCCCUAUCAAACUUGUAGCCAAGGUAGUGACACGUAGUGAUAUCACACUGUAAUGAACUGGUGAUUAGUGGGGCAGUUACACACUUCAUACAAACCCACUUUAGAACUAAUUUGGCCUUUCAGCUUGGAAUACAGUCCUAGCUCCUGACUAGUUUUUCCCUCUGUGCUGGGUUAAGUCUGCCAAAUCGCAACCCGACCAAUAGGGGCCUGGCAUAGUGAAGUUAGUGUGUGUAUAUAGUGGAGCACAGCAGGGCACCCAGGAAACUAAACACCUCGUAUGGGCCCAUAUGCUGCUGCAGGAGCGGAGUGUUUGAUCUGAUUGGUAUCCCCUGCACCUCUGUUCUACUUUCUCUGACCUGUGUCUGCACACGCCAUCUACAGGGGCAGAGUUUUACCCGUGUGCAUGCAGGUGGUGUAUGGCAGAGAGCACGGAUGUUUCAUGCAUCUCUAAAGGGCUUCUCUGUGACAUUCCAAAGUUGCAUGUAAAACGGAGACUUCAUAUAAGCUUUAUGUUUAACGAUAAUGGGGAAAACUUUCUUGCACUAAGUGUGGCUUGGCGUUUCAGGCUAAGUGCCACUGAGAUUGCACUAAGUUUGGCAUCAGGCUUCCUGUGCACUGAGUGUGGCUGGGAGUGUUGGGAGUCUGCAUUUGCACAGAUAUCUUCAAACUGCGCUCUUCUAUCAGGGCCACUGAGACUCUGGGUUGAGCCCCAGGCUUUGAGUCUUGGGGGGGUGGGGGGGGUUGGAACCUGCAGGAAACUGUGUGCAGUGGGUGGGUAUGUGGAUAUUGCUUUCCAUUUGUCUGGCUGAGUUUGUGACAAAACACAGCGCCACCUGAUGGAGCAAUUGUGCCAAGCACAGAGCUGAACCUCUCACUGCUAUUUGCAGAAAUUAAAGAUUUUCUUUUUGUACCUUU